GUCCACGGGCGUCUAUCGAGGGUGGCCCUAUAAAUUGGAACGGUGGAUCCGCGGUACUUCUGACAUUUUCCCGGGCGUUGGCUCUUUACCACGAAGUUUUUUGACGGCGAUGACGCCGGCGUACUCUUCGGGUGGCACAGGUUUCACCAGGCUGUCUAAAGGACUGUCUGGAGUGCUCUUCAUCGUAUUUGUUGUCUCCUUGUUCUUUCCUUGGGUAACUCGAUUUGUUGCGCUGGUCCCAGCGAGGACCAUACCUUUUGCAUGGAAUGUUAUAACCGCUGGAUACUUGGAGCAGUCAUUGUUUGGUUUGAUCUUGAGCAUAUAUGGCCUUCUGGUCGGUGGCAAGUUACUAGAACCAAUAUGGGGAUCUCAUGAAUUCGUGAAGUUCGUCUUUUUUGUAAACUUUUUCACCUUACUUGGUGUUUAUGUCACUGCCGUCAGUUGUUACUAUUUUACCAAGAGAGAAAAAUUCCUGUAUGGUUCUUUUUCUGGAUUUCAUGGGGUACUAUGUGGAUUCCUAGUUGGAGUGAAACAGGUGAUGCCAGAUCAGGAGAUUACUAUGCUUGGAAAGCUCCAUUUCAGAGCUGAGUGGCUGCCAUCACUUCUAGUUUUAGCUACUGUUUUCAUAAGCUUUUUCACCAUAAGAGUGAUGAGUUACCUGCCGUUUGUUCUCUUCGGAACUUAUGGGAGUUGGCUUUACCUGCGAUAUCUUCAAAGAAAUCCAGAGACCAACCUGAUUGGUGAUCCUGAUGAUGAAUUUGCUUUCUCAACCUUUUUUCCAUGCUUCUUAAGACCUGUAGUGGAAAUUUUUGCAUCAUGCUUCCACAAGUUACUAUGUGGUAAUAGAAGUAGCCAUCGGAAGGCAGGCUAUGUCCCCGUUAGUCUAUCUGAACAAGGAUAUGAAGCAACUGAAGCAUCCAGGAGAAGAGACUGGGGUACUCAUGAAGUCAAUGAGAGGCCAGGCGGACGAGAAGAUAUUGAUGGUGCUGGUGAAGGUCAUGAAUCUGAUAAUGUGUAGUCUAUGGAUCAGCGAUAUCGAAUUUUGCAGGUUCAGGCGUUCAGCUCUGCGCACCUGAGCUAUCUCAAGCAUGAAGUUCUGUUUCUUCAAGCCUAUGUACAACUAUGGAAGAGAUGUUGUGUGCUGACACCUACGUUGCUUUAAAACCACACGACGUCGAUUGGAAAAUCCAACAAUGAAGAAGUUAUUGUGUUUUUAGAGGUUUUUGCUCUCAACGCGGAUUGUUGUUCCAAGAGGUGAAGGCCAUUCCUCACACAACGUCAAAACCCAAGUUAUUUAUGAAGUAAAGAACAUGAUUCCCUA